GCAAGAGCACCAAGGAGACUCUUCAUCUCUUUGGCUCGUGUAUCCACCCUCGUUCGUUAUAGAUUGACGGACUCAGUCGGCCGACUUUGGGUCCGCAUUCUUAUUGCGAGAGCAUCUAAAUAUUUAGAAGCGGGAAAUUGAAGUUGCCACUUCAACCUGUCCGCCAUGGCUUCAGACGAAAUUGUUUGGCAGGUCAUCAACCAGCAAUUCUGCUCCUUCAAGCUCAAAACGACAAAGGAGCAAAACUUUUGCCGCAACGAAUACAAUGUUACCGGCCUCUGCAACCGCCAGUCAUGUCCGCUGGCAAAUUCGCGCUAUGCCACCAUCCGUUCCAAUCCGGAGACUGGAACCCUUUAUCUAUAUAUGAAGACUAUCGAACGGUCUCACAUGCCAUCGAAAUGGUGGGAGCGAAUUAAACUUUCUUCCAAUUAUUCAAAGGCGCUUGAGCAACUUGACGAGAGACUUAUUUAUUGGCCCAAGUUUCUGGUUCACAAAUGCAAGCAAAGGCUUACACGUUUGACUCAAGUAAAUAUCCGGAUGAAACGCUUGGCAAAGGAGGAAGCACGACUGGGUGAGAAAUUGGUACCAAAGAUGGCGCCCAAAAUUCGGCGACGAGAAGAAAAUCGUGAGAGAAAGGCUGAGGCGGCAGCAAAGGUCGAAAGAGCCAUUGAGCGGGAGCUUAUUGAGAGAUUGCGAAGCGGUGCUUAUGGUGACAAGCCGCUGAACGUGGAGGAGAAUAUUUGGAAGAAGGUUCUUAGGGGUCUGGAGAGAGGUGGCGAGGGAGUUAGGGAUGAGGAUCUUGAUGAGGGUAUUGAGGACGAUGAGCUCGAGGGCGAAGAAGAGGAAGAGGAAGAGGGUGUUGGUGAUGUCGAAUACGUUAGCGAUCUUGAGGGCGAAGACGAAGAUGAGGAAGGUCUGGAAGACCUCGAGGAUUGGCUUGGCAGUGAGGAGGGCGAGGGCUCUGAGGAAGACAGCAGUGCGCCGAGCGAUGAGAGCGCCGAUGAGAGCAGCAGCGAGGAGGAAGAUGCAACUGCGAAGAAACCCGGCGCAGGCGGCAAGAGGAAGAGAGGAAACGCUCCCUCCGCCAAACCCAAGAAGAAAGGUCCUCGCGUCGAAAUCGAAUAUGAGAUGGAACAGGAGCCUGCUGCGCGGGAAGCUGUUUCUUCAUAUGCAUAAUCAGCUCAGGCUAUUGAAUGGCGUUUUGGCGGCGCUCUGGGGGAUUAUUAGGAAUCUGAAGUGGCACAAAUGUAGCACUGCAUUCAUUGCGGGGAAUUCAAAAGUAGCUCUAAUAAAUUCCAGUCACUUUAAUUUCGUAAUUGUGCCUUUUGUUGGAAACUUUGCGGCUGGGUUUAUCGAGCAGUGUCUUCUGUGUGGCC